AAAAUAGACAUCUUUCGAUUGGCACGGUCUUUUCAAUUGAAGACCGUGUUGUAGAUUUCAGCAUGGGUCGAGUGAUCCGUGGACAGCGUAAGGGAGCGGGAAGCGUCUUUAGGUCGCACAACAAGCACAGGAAGGGAGCCCCCAGACUUCGGUCCAUAGACUAUGCAGAGCGUCAUGGAUACCUCAAGGGCAUCGUGAAGGAAAUCAUCCACGACCCUGGACGUGGUGCCCCCCUUGCCAAGAUCCAGUUCCGAGACCCUUACAGGUACAAGAAGCGCACUGAACUCAUGAUUGCUCCAGAGGGAAUGUACACGGGACAGUUCAUCUACUGUGGAAAACGAGCCACCCUGAACAUCGGCAAUGUGCUCCCCAUCGGCCAAAUGCCUGAAGGAACCGUCAUCUGCUCCGUGGAGGAGAAAGCAGGAGACAGGGGCAAGCUUGCUCGUUGCUCUGGAAACUACGCCACUGUAGUAUCACACAAUGUUGAUACCAAGAAGUCUCGUAUCAAGCUUCCCUCUGGCUCCAAGAAGGUUGUGCCCUCUGCCAACAGGGCCAUGGUCGGUGUUGUCUCUGGUGGUGGACGUAUCGACAAGCCCCUCCUGAAGGCUGGUCGUGCCUACUUCAAAUACAAGGUCAAGCGUAACUGCUGGCCACGAGUGCGUGGUGUUGCCAUGAAUCCCGUUGACCAUCCACACGGUGGUGGUAACCAUCAACAUAUUGGUACGCCCUCUACAGUCAGGAGAGAUACAUCGGCCGGUCGCAAGGUCGGUCUGAUCGCUGCCCGCCGUACCGGACGUCUCCGCGGAACAAAGAAGGUCAAGGACGGGAAGGAAUAAAGUGUAAAUUAAGACAAUAUCAUUGACAAACUAGUCAAUAAAAUGCAAAAAAAAUCA